ACGGGAACGAAGGAAGGAAAAAUUAGCAGAUGAGAAAAUGGAUUGCAGGGGAGAGCUGGGGAGGCCGUUGAUUUUGCUGAUAUGUGGAACUCUUGUUUACUACCACUGCGUCUACCGAAACUCCAGUCUUCUUUCGCUCGUCUCCGACGUCUUCAUUGUCCUCCUAUGCUCUCUUGCCAUUCUCGGAAUGCUAUUUCGUCAGAUGAACAUCUCGGUACCCGUGGAUCCUCUUGAAUGGCAGAUUUCUCAGGACACAGCUAAUAGCGUUAUUGCAUGCUUGGCUAAUACAGUGGGGGCGGCUGAGUCUGUUUUGAGGGUUGCUGCAACUGGGCAUGACAAGAGACUCUUUCUAAAGGUGGUCAGCAUUCUUUAUUUUCUAUCUGCAUUGGGACGAUUGGCCUCGGGUGCUACAAUAGCUUAUGCUGGGUUAUUCUUGUUCUGUGCGUGCAUUUUGGCCCAAAGCUCCAAAUCAAUCAGUGCCUGCACAGUGCAGUUACUUGGUAGAAGAGAUGGUGCAGGCCCUUUGCAGAACACCUUGUAGUCAUUGUGAAUAGUGCAUUCCUAGUCAGAUUGUACAGAUAUAUACAGGUAAUUUCUGUUUCUUUGAGAAACUGCUCUAACCGGCCAUUCUUGCUUUAAAUGAAUAUUGGAUUGAGAACGUCAUCUUUGAACAAAUAAUUUCAAUGCAAUUCCAAAAUGCGAGACAUCUACUUUUUCAUAUGUAUAUAUGGAUGAUAUAUUAGUGACAUGUGAUGCGGUGUGAUAUC